AUGUCCAACACGGCCUACCAGCGGCAUCAAGCCGGGCCUUGCCCGGCGCCACUCCCGUCUCCAACAUCCGGAGUAGGCCCGCCUUUGCUGCCUCCCUCGAAGCAGCAGCAGCUGCCGGCGCCGGGGAGAAAGUACGCGCCGACGCCGCCGCCGCUGUCAGCGGCAGCAACCGCCGGCGGAGUGGGGAUGGAGCGCGGGGGGGGGGAGCUCACCCAGGUGACCGGGUACCACAUGGGGAUGGCGGGCGCUCCGCAGCAACGGCAACAGCGGCAGCAGAAGGAGGAGCGGCGGGUGGGGGGCGGCAGCGAUCAACCAGACCUUGCCGCCCCUGGCUCUGCUGCCACCGCGUUGAUGGCGGCGGGAGCGGUCGGCGGCGGUUUCUACCCGUACCCGGGUUUCGCGCCCAUGUUCUCGUACCCGCAGGCAGCGGCUGCGGCGGCGAUGGAGCAAAAGGGUGCUGGCCCGGGGUCGCUCGACCCCGAUCGCCUCGCGGCGAUAAACCGCGCCCUCGCGCUUGCCCAGGCGACCUCGCUCUCGACCGCCUCUCGCGCAAGUCCUUCGCCGCCGCCGUCGCCGCCUCCGCUUCCAACACCGGCGGCGGCGGCGGCAGCCGCAUCAGCAAGAGCGACGAAACCACCCCGAGCAGGAGCGACGUCCACGCCGAGCGAGCCGUCCCCAUCAGACGACCAGGAGUCGCCGCGGAGCACCGAAUCUGCGGCUAGCUCUAGCUACAACGACGAGGGCCGCAACAACAAGCUCGAACAACCGACGGCCGCUACCGCCGCCGCCGCCGCCGAUUCCGGCGGCGACGCCGACACCGCCGGCGGCGACAACGCGAGCGCCGCCGAGUACGAGCUCGACAGCACCGGGAAGCGCCGCCGGCUCAGCGCCGAGGAACGCCUUCAGCGCAGCCGGGAGCGAAACCAGCUGCACGCGCGCAAGACGAGGCAGCGCAAGAAGGCCCAGCUGCAGCUCCUCAUGAACCGCUCGGCCGAGCUCCAGGCGGAGCAGAAACGCCUCCGGCAGGCCAUCACCGACCGCCGCACGGCGAGCAUCCUCCUCGACAUGAGCGGAGGAACCGAAGACUUGCAGUCGGGCGGCGGCGGCGGCGGCGGCGGCGGCGGCGGCGGCCGCAACGCCGGCAGCAAGGCCUCCCGGGAUCACCACGUGGCGUUGGCGGCGUCCGUUUCCGGUGGGGCUUCCCGGCCACGCGCCGGCAUGCUGCGCGGCAACGUGGAGAGUGACGACGCCGGAGACGGGAGCGAAGGCACGGCGGGGACUAGCUGCUCGGCUUCUUCGUCGUCUUGCGGACGGACGUCUUCGGAGGCGAACAGCUCGGACGGCGCCGCGGGCGGCAGCGGUGCCGGCGGGACCGGCGGUGCGAACGAGGGCGACGAGAAGCAGCAGCGGCAGCAGCAGCAGCAGCAGCAGCCUAGGGUGGGGAACCCGGGAGACGCGGAGCGGCUGCUCGAGCUGUCCCAGAAGACGAGGUCCGAGUGCACGCCGGAGGAGCUCGAGCAAAUCCGCAGGGAGCGCAACCGCAUGCACGCCAAGCGGACCCGCGACCGAAAGAAGCUGCACCUCGAGGCCACCGAGGAAAUGAUAGCCCGCCUGGAGCGGGAGAACCGCAAGCUGCGGGACAGCAUGAAGACGUCGGUCAGCGGCGGCGGAGGAGGGAGCGGCAGGGGUGGCGGCAAAAGCAGGGGUGGUGGUAGCGGGGACGGGAGUGGUCUCAAGAGCGGCGGCAGCGGCAGGAACGGGUUCGACGGCGGUGCUGACGCAGCCUCGUCGACGAUGAAGAUGAAACUGUCGCCGACGCCCAUGGGGCACAUGCCCAACUUCCCGUCGCAGCAGCAGCAGUCGACGCCGUCCGCCCCGGCUUCUCAGGACAGCCAGCAGCAAUCCGCCGGCUCUCCUCACGUCGGAGCUGGCCACCACGCCCACCCUCCCCCCCACCUGAUGCAGCAGUUCGCGAACCACGCCGCCUUCCUGCACCCCGCGGCGGCCGCUCACCUGCCGCCGCACCUCCACGGCCACGUCUACCCGUCCCAGCAGCGCUUCAUGCAUCCCGGGCAUUCGCAGCAGCAGGUGGGGUACUACCCGCAAGCGUUCGAUCGCGUCGGCGGCCCCGGCGCCGGCAGCGCCGCCGGUGCCGGCAACGGCAACGGCAACGGCGUCGUCAAGCAGGAGGGCCAGAACCCCUACUUGCAGCACCAGGGCGUCGGCGCUCCCCCCGGCGGCAUGAUGCCGCACUCCAACCCUCAGUACCUCAUCAGCUACCAGGGCUGGCCGCCGGCCGCGUACGGACCCCCGCCGGCGGGAGCCCUGGCCGGCAAGCUGACGCCGAUGCUCGCCCUUCCUCCCCACGACCCGCAGCAGCACGCAUACCCGGUGCCCGAGCCGGGGGCGGCGGCGGCGGCGCUGGGGUACGCGAGCUGGCACGCUUUCGCAGGGCCGGGGCGGGCCCGGUCACGACGCCGUUCGUUCCGUGGGCCAGCGGCCGACCGCCACCACCGCAAGCGCGCCGCCGCCGCCGCCGCGACGACUGCGGAGCAGCAGCAGCGGGAGCAGCAGGCGAUCUCGGAGAACCAAAACCGUCUUGACCGAGACCUCUCCCGCGGGUGCCACGAGGCCUGGCAGAAGGUCCGACGAGAAAGAAGCGCGAAAAGAAAACGGAGCGGCGGAAGCGGCGGCGGCAGCAGCGGCGGCGGCGAGCGCCGCCGCAGCCGAGGCGCCGACCGCGACGGCGGGUGCAGCGGUAGCGGAGGCAGCGGCGGGGAAGGGUCGGAGUGCUCGUCGUCGUCGUGGAUGGAGAGCAGCGAGAGCAGUAGUGUCAUGCCCGGCAGCACGACCUCCGGCGACACCGCCAGAAGGAGCAGGAGCAGCGGCUCGCGGAGCAGCGGCUCGGACAGAAGCGGGUCGCCCCUGUCUUCGAGCUCGGGCGGGGAGGACGCGAGCAGGUCGCCGACGCCGAAGGGGGGGCGUGUUGACGCCGGUGGUGGUGGUGGGGGGGACGAUGCGACGACCGGAAACUUGGGACGAAGGUGUCCCGCUGACCAAUCGCCAUGACAGAAUUGAGCGCGAGCGGUUCCCGAACAAUAGCUGUAGCUCGCUAUCCUUGUUCGCGCGCGUAGCGGAGAUUUGUCAGAUUAGUUGUUGGGUCGACGCAUGAUGAUGAAUAUGAACUUGCUCGCUUUAUAGCAAGCUGGAGCAUUGCGGUUUUAAGUUGUUGUUAAAUUUGUCGUCGUCGUCGCUGUCUUGAGUGACACGCCACGCAGUGCAUAUCGGAGAAUCAAAACAGGCCGCAGGUUGAUAGAGGAGGGUGGUUGGUGGCUGGGUGUUUUGGUCCCAAGAGUUUUCCUUGACUUGCGCCACGCAGUUGGGGCUCUCGGGAGUUUUGUGAGGGGAACGGGUGGGAGGGGUCCGAGGUUGGGAAUAUGUAUGCAGGGGCGCGGAUUUCGCGCCUGAACAGCAGAUCAGAGUUAAAAUAGAUGCCCUCGAAGGAAUAGCCUGGUGUUGCAAGUACCGAGCGCAACACCGCGGUGACAUCGUCGCGAAGUUGAAGCUGCGAAGGAGGAAUAAAAUAGUCCAGGCCAUUAGAUGUUCACCGGGGGUUGGUAUUUUCUCGCGUUGUUGUUGUUUUUUUCUCUUUCUUUGCCGUACACGUAGUACGUUUUUAGGGGAAGGCCCGGCCGCAAAUUUUGCGAGUAAGCGAGUAUUUUUUUCAUCACCUCGCAUUGCUGCCUUCUCAAUUGUCCA